GCCAGAGUUCCGAGUCGUGCUCAUGAGUGCCACGUUGGAUACGGCGCUGUUCGCGAGCUACUUUGGAGGCGAUUGCCCAGUCGUCAAGGUGUCCGGUCGGCUCUACCCAGUCCAGGAACUCUACCUCGAGGACGCGAUAGAGAUGACGGGUCACACGGUGGAUCCUGCAGCAGACUGGGCCUGGGGCAGUCGACUGUCGAACAGCAGAGCUCAGAGGAGCGAGCUGCCGGAUGCAAAAGUCGAGCCGACGGAGGCGGGAGUCCUUCAGACACGCUACGCGAAGUAUGGCAGCAACGUGCGCUCCGCGCUGGCGUUGCUGGAUCCCGAGCUGAUCAACUACCAGCUUCUGGUGCAGGUCAUCUGCCAUCUUUGCCAGAGGCCCAUGUCGGAUACGGGAGCAGAUGCCAUCCUUGUGUUCCUUCCGGGUGCCGGUGAAAUCCAGGAAUUGACGGACGCCCUGCUAGCUUGCUCGCAGUUUGCACAGGAUAUGCGGGAGAGGGCGCAGGAGGCGCAGCGUCGUUUCGCUGCGAAGCUCAGCUCCCCAGGCAUGGAGUCAGACCACUUGGCCGUGCUGCAGGCGUACAUGGAGUGGGACGCCAGCAAGAACAAGUACGGUUUUUGUCAGGAGCAUUUCUUGGGUUUUCGCACGAUGCAGAACAUUGCGGAGCUCAAGCAGCAGCUGCUGGCUAUCCUGUCCACUGCAGGCUUUGUCAAGGCAGGCCUCACAGCGCAUGCC